AUGAUUGCGAAACAAACGCCAUUUACAAAACAAAUGCUCUCCAAGCUAUUACGAACAAGCUCUUCAAAGCCGGAGCAGCUUAAGAAGAUCCACGCGCUUGUGCUAACGUCCGGUCUCUCUGCCAAGAACAGCCUCUUAACUCAACUGUUAGAGAAACUUAUAGUUGUAGGCGACAUGUGUUACGCACGCCAGCUGUUCGACGAAAUGCACAAGCCGAGGGUUUUUCUUUGGAACACUCUUUUCAAAGGGUACGUUAAAAAACAGCUCCCCUUCGAAAGUGUCAUGCUUUAUAAAAAAAUGCGUCGUCUUGAUGUUCGUCCUGAUGAAUUUACUUACCCGUUUGUGGUGAAGGCGAUCUCUCAGCUUGGGGUUUUACCCUGUGGCUUUGCCUCUCAUGCCCAUGUGGUGAAAUACGGUUUUGAGUCUCUUGGGAUCGUUGCAACUGAGCUGGUGAUGAUGUACAUGAAGUUUGGUGAAUUGAGUUCGGCUGAGUUCUUGUUUGAGUCUAUGCAAGACAAAGAUAUAGUGGCUUGGAAUGCGUUUCUUGCAGCUUGCGUUCAAACGGGAAACUCGGGUAUAGCUCUUGAGUAUUACCACAGAAUGUGUGCGGGUGAUGUUCAGUUUGAUUCUUUUACAGUCGUGAGUGUGCUCUCUGCUUGUGAAGACCAGUUGACUCGAUACCAAGGUCUUGAUCCACAAAUCUUGCAUAUGGCAGCAAAUCGCGAAAGCUUAUGUCUCAUACGAUGCACAAGCUUAGAUAAGGAGUUAAACAAGGGUCAAAUUUGUGAAAUUGGAAUUUAAUGUUGAUGUCAGUCAUUAGAUGCUAUUGACAGUGAUUAAAAAACUGAGUUUGCCUCUGUUUAUGGAUUUCUCUGAGAGUUGAGAAGCAUGGACAUGAAAGAAGCAAGAAAAAAAGAAAAGGCUCUUUGUGAAAGACAGAACAUGAAGACAUGAAUGAAAACAGAGAGAGCGACAGAGAUGAAGACAAAACAGAGAACAGAGGUUGUUAUAUCACUUGUCGUCAAGACAUGUGAGUGCCAAAAAAAUCUCUGCAACCUUUUUCUUCUUUUCAAUUUAGCAAAACUAAGGUAAUUCCUUGACUAAAAGCUACUUGCUUUAAUUAGUAAAAACACUUUGUACAUUACAUCAAUUUGGUUUUUUA